AUGACAUCUGUAAAGGUGGCUGUUCGUGUACGACCAUUUAAUGGGCGUGAGAUACAAAAAGCAGCACAACAAAUUAUUAAAAUGGAACAACAAACAACGCAUAUUCGGAAUCCUCGUGAUGUUAAUGAUGUAAAAAGUUUCAAAUAUGAUUAUUCAUAUUGGUCAACGAACGAAACUGAUAGUGAAUUUGCGUCACAGUUACAAGUUUAUAAAGAUUUAGGAAUUGAAAUGUUAGAACAUGCAUUUGAAGGUUACAAUGUGUGUAUAUUUGCUUACGGACAAACAGGCGCUGGUAAAUCUUACACAAUGAUGGGUAAAAUGGAAGAUGGUCAAAAAGGUAUCAUUCCUCAACUAUGUGAAGAAUUAUUCGAUCGUAUCACACGUUUAUCAACGCCAAUAUCAUCACCAUCAGCAUCAUCUGAACCACAAAAUCGUCGAUUUUCUGUCGAAGUAUCGUAUAUGGAAAUUUAUUGUGAACGUGUUCGAGAUUUACUCAAUCCAAAAACCAAACAAAAUUUACGUGUAAGAGAACAUCCAAUAAUGGGACCGUAUGUCGAAGAUUUAUCAAAAUUACUUGUAACUUCUUAUGAUGAUAUUUCGAGACUAAUUGACGAGGGUAAUAAAGCAAGAACAGUAGCAGCUACAAAUAUGAAUGAAACAUCAUCAAGAUCACAUGCUGUAUUUACAAUUGUAUUUUCUCAACGAUGUGUAGAUGAUUUGACGGGUUUGACGAGUGAAAAACAGUCUAAGAUCUCUUUAGUAGAUUUGGCUGGUAGCGAACGAGCCGAUUCGACGGGGGCAACAGGUGAUAGAUUGAAAGAAGGAGCGAAUAUAAAUAAAUCAUUAACAACACUCGGAAAAGUAAUUGCAGCACUCGCUGAAAUGAGUUCGAAACGAAAAAGUAAAUUUGAUAAAAAAGGUGAUUUUAUACCGUACAGAGAUUCAGUCUUGACAUGGCUAUUGAAGGAAAACCUUGGUGGUAAUAGUAAAACAGCUAUGAUAGCUGCUAUCUCUCCAGCCGAUAUCAAUUUCGAGGAAACUUUAUCAACUUUACGUUAUGCCGAUCGAGCGAAACAAAUUCUGUGUAAAGCUAUUAUUAAUGAAGAUGCUAAUGCUAAACUUAUUCGCGAUCUGAAAGAAGAAAUUUAUAAGUUACGAGAACUAUUGCGUUGUGAAGCAGGUAUUGAUCUGUCAGAUUGUGGUGGUGUAGAUUUGCCACAAGUACAAGUACAAUCACAACAACAACAACAACAACAACCACAACAAAAAGUAAGAAGUUCAAGAUUAAAAUCUGUCACUGGAUCGGGAGAAGAUGCUUUGGAAAGACUGAAAGAGAAUCAAAAAUUAAUGGAUUCAUUAUGCAUGUCAUAUGAAGAAAAAUUGAAGAAAACAGAAACAAUUAUGCAGGAGAGAGAAGCUGCAUUUCACGAAUUAGGUUUAUAUGCUAAAACCGAUGGUUAUGCUGUUGGUAUAUUUUCACCAAAAAAUACACCUCAUCUUGUUAAUUUAAAUGAAGAUCCACUUAUGUCAGAGUGUUUAAUGUAUUUUAUUAAAGAUGGUAUUACUCGUAUUGGUCGUCCUGAUGCUACUCAUCAUCAAGAUAUAAUGUUAAGUGGUUCGCACAUACAAUCGGAACAUUGUACGUUGGAAAAUAAUCAAAAUAUUGUUACAUUAUCACCGUGUAGAAAUGCCAUGUGUUAUGUGAAUGGAACACAAGUAAAUUCGACAAUUGAAUUGAAAAGUGGUUCUCGUGUAAUAUUUGGUAAAUCACAUGUAUUCCGAUUUCUGAAUCCAGAACAGGCACGAAAAGAAGUGAAAAAACUAGAUACACCAUCAACAACAGAACCUACUGAUUGGAAUAGUGCAAUACAAGAACUAUUAGAAAAACAAGGUGUCGAUAUCAAACAUGAAAUGGAAAAGAAACUAAUGACAAUGGAAGAAUUGUAUAAACGUGAAAAAGAAGAAUCCGAUCGUUUAUUAGCGCAACAAAAGUUGGAAUAUGAAUCGAAAAUAACUGAAUUACAAAAACAAAUGGAAACAUCGAUGUCACACUCAAUGUUAUCGUCAAUACUCUCCAGUGGAAUUGGAGGAAGUCAGUUUAAUGACGGAAAAGAGAUUCAACAACAAGAGUCUAGUUUGGAUGCUGAUAAUGGCACGCUUAGUUUUUGCUCAUGGUCUGAAUCCGAAUAUCAAUUAGCUUGGUGGGCAUGGCGGAAAUGGCAUUAUCAUCAAACGACAUCAUUGAGAGAUUAUUCCAACAGAAUUCAGCCUAUAUGGCUUAUCAAGGAUGUCUUGUGGGGUAAUGGUGUUUAUUUGAAAGAAGCAAAUGCAAUUAGUGUUGAAUUACGUAAACAUGUACAGUUUCAGUUUAUCUUAUUAACUGAUACAGUUUAUUCACCAUUACCGCCAGAAUUAACCUCCCAACUCCAUGAAAAACCACAACGAACAAUUGUAGCUGUAGAAGUGCAAGAUUUAAAAAAUGGUGCCCAACAUUAUUGGUCGUUAGAAAAAUUCAGGCAACGUUUAGAACUGAUGCGUGAAAUGUAUUAUAAUUCUGCUGAUAUGUCGCCAGCAUCUUCAGAUACAAAUAUCGAUCAUGUGUUAGCUGGUAUGAACGGUGGACAAGAUCCAUUUUAUGAUCGAUUUCCGUGGUUUAGAACAAUUGGAAGAGCAUUUAUAUAUUUAUCAAAUUUAUUUCAUUCAAUACCUCUUGUUCAUAAAGUGGCCAUUGUUAAUGAAAAAGGUGAAAUUAAAGGUUACUUAAAAGUGGCUGUACAGCAAUUACAACAAAUCGAUGGACAAGAUACAACAUCGGAUUGUACAUCAAGUCAAACAAUGAAAAAUUAUAGAAAUGCAGGAAUGGCCAAACUUGUUUUCGAUGAUGAUACGUAUUUUCAACAUAUGACAGGACCAUCGACACCGACAACAGCUGAAUCCUAUAUUCUAUCAGAUUCAAUUGAUAAUGUUCGCUAUGUUGAAGGUCAAACAACAUCACCGAUAGAUCUGUCAUCAGAAACUAAUGAGUUUGACGUACCUGUUUUUAUUUCAUCAAAUAAGCCAAAAUUAUCAUCAACUCCAUCUUCUAUAUCUCGUCAAAUAAAUAAAGUUCAACAACGUUUAUUAGAUAUUAAUAAUGAUACUUUACCAUCAGAGUUAAAAUUAAAUAAAGAAUAUCAUUUUCGUAUAACAGUUUUAGAAGCUUCACAAAUUCCAAUAGAAUAUGCAGAUAUAUUUUGCCAGUUUAACUUUUUACAUCAGGAUUCUGAAAUUUAUUCAACUGAACCUUUGAAAAAUCAGGGACAACCCGGCCCUCCAUUAGGAUUUUUUCACGUACAAAAUUUUAGCGUUAUUGUUACUCGUUCAUUUAUUGACUAUAUUCUGACACAACCUCUGGCGUUCGAAAUAAUGGGACAUUAUCAAGAACACUUACCAUCACAAACAAUUAUUACAGUUCCAGAAGAAAAUUUAUUUACUGCCAAUAAUAAAACAAAUCGAUCGUUAGUACUGUCGUCGAAUCUAUUUUCAAAACCUGUCCCAGCUCAAACACUAAAUCCAAUAUCGGUUGUCAGUGCUAGUCAUGUUCAUGCCACUUAUGACAUAUUAGUUUGGUAUGAAAUAUGUGAAUUAGCACCAAAUGGAGAAUAUGCAGCCGCUACGGUUGAUCAUUCAGAUGAUGUUCCCUGUUCUGGUCGCUUUCUAUUACAUCAGGGAAUUCAACGAAGAAUCAGCAUCACUCUAUGUCAUGAAUCAGUAUCAGAAUUGAUAUGGAAAGAUGUUCGAGAAGUAGUUGUAGGCCGUAUUCGUGGUCAACGUGAUUCGGUAUUUGAUGAAUCUGAUGGUCAUGUAUUAUCGUUAAAUGUUAUGUCAGCUCAUUAUUUACAAAAACAACAUGAUGAAAGGACAUUCUAUCGUUUUGAAGUUGCAUGGGAUUCAUCAUUACAUAAUUCUCUUCUUCUAAAUCGUUGUACAUCAUCGGGAGAUUCUGUAUAUAUUACAAUAUCAGCCUAUUUAGAGUUUGAAAAUUGUAUACAACCAGCGGUUAUAACCAAAGAUUUAUGUCUUGUUUUCUAUCCAAGAGAUUCGAGAAUAACAUCACCUGUUAGAUCAUUACGAAAUUUAUUUUCGUCCGUUGCAUAUAGAAAUUCAGACGCUAAUCGUGUAACUGCUGUUUACGAAUUGAAAUUAAAAAGAGCUGUUGAUUCAAUUAGUUCAGCCUUACAACGUCGUCAACGUAAAGUAAUUGACACAAGCCAUAUAUAUGUUCGUGGUGAAGAAAUGUUGAAAGGUUGGUUACCGAGAAGUGAUUCAUUAAUUAUUGAACAUCAACAAGAUUUGGAACAAUUAUUUCGAUUAGAAAGUGUUGAACGUACAAAACAUUUUUUACAAGUGAAAAAUCGUUUAAAUAAUCCAUCAUCAAAAACGACAGCUUACGAUUCAAUGUCACCUUCACCAUCUUCGUCAAAAUCAACUCCAUCAUCUGGAAAAACUACACCAUUUGAUGAUACAUCAAAAUACGAUGAACAUCAACAAGAUUUAUUAAAACGUUGUUUAUCACUCAUGACACCUUAUAAAUUAAAUAAAAAUAAUGAAGAAUUAAAAAGAAAUGUUCCAGAAAUUGCGGUAUCAACAAUGGGUGAUGAACAUGUGUUAUCAUCUGAAGAUAUUCAUGCAUUUAAUUUAGUAUUAUCUACUGUUAAAUCGACAAAUGAACCAUUUACAUUAUCAACAUUUUUAAAAGCGUCAUCAAGUAGCUCAGAUUUAUCUCGAUUUGCGUUACUCGAUCCAUCAACAUCUUCAUCAUUAAAUUCAUCUCCAUCACCUCUUAUGAUCAAAUCUCGUUCAAUGGAAAGUUUAUUAAGUACAAGUGGUGGUAGUGAAUUUUCGCGAACAUCUCGUCUACAACGAAAAUAUGUUCCAAUUCUAGAAGAAGUUCGAAUAAGUCCAGUUGUAUCAAGAAGAGGAUAUUUAAAUUUUCUAGAAGAAAAAGCAACUGGAUGGGUGAAAAAAUUUGUGACUGUUCGUCGUCCAUUUGCAUUUAUUUAUAAUCACGAAAAAGAUCCGGUUGAACGAUCAUUAAUUAAUUUAGCUACAGCAAAAAUUGAAUAUAACGAUGAAGAACUGAUCAGUGGCACGCGCAAUACUCGCAAUACAUUUUCGGUUGUGUCAAAAUAUCGUGGUUUCUUAUUGCAACCAUUGUCAGAGAAAGAUGUACACGAUUGGUUGUACGCAUUUAAUCCACUAUUAGCGGGACAAAUCAGAUCUCGUCUGUCUAAUCGUGGUAUGUUAUCAACGACAAUGACUUAA